CGGCCUCGCCCUCCCGUCUGCGCGCCUCAGCGGGGCCCCUCAAGUCUCUUCCAGCUGUAGUCUUCUGGGGUCAGAGUGCCCCUUAGUAGGGGCCCCCCUGUGUUGAGACAGCCCACAAUACCCCAGAACACGGGAUGCCCCCGAGAGGCAGGAGGCAAAUCCUGCUCCUGGUUCCGCCAACGCGCCCUGGCUCCGUGGACCACCCCGGGUCUGCCCUCUGAGCCUCAGUUUCCCCAUCCUUAAAAUGAAGACGCUGGAACAGAUAUCGAGAAUUGCCUGCACCCUGUGCCUUUCAUCCAGACUAAAUUGGCUGCGUUGACUCUUGUUCAAGGGACGAUCACUUCAGAUAGCUCGUUACAGUUCCCCUCACAGCCUUCCUGGUGUGCACGUCACAAGUCCAUAAGAUCAGGAGCCAAGUCGGUUUUGCUCUCGGGCUCUUGGGGCCACCAGCCAAGACCCUCCUCUCCCAUAGAUAACCGGCAGGAUGACGAUGAGCGAGGUGAAGGAGUCCCUGCGGAGCGUGGAGCAGAAGUACAGGCUCUUCCAGCAGCAGCAGUUCACCUUCAUCGCCGCCCUGGAGCACUGCAGGGAGGACGCCCACGACAAGAUCCGGCCCAUCUCCAGCAUCGGACAGGUGCAGAGCUACAUGGAGCACCACUGCCACAAUGCCACGGACCGGCGCGUCCUGCUCAUGUUCCUGGACAUCUGCACGGAGCUCAGCAGGCUGUGCCAGCACUUCGAGGCCCUGCACGCCGGCACCCCCGUCACCAACAACCUCCUGGAGAAGUGCAAAAGCCUCAUCAGCCACAGCAACGACUUAAGCAGCCUGCGGGCAAAAUACCCCCACGACGUGGUGAACCACCUCAGCUGCGACGAGGCCAGGAACCACUACGGGGGUGUGGUCAGCCUGAUCCCCGUCGUCCUGGACUUGAUGAAAGAGUGGGUCGCCCACUCCGAGAAGCUGCCCCGAAAAGCACUGCAGCAUGUGAGUGAGCCCCAGGGGGCCCCCCGGGCGGCCGCUCAUGCUCCCUGCGGCACCCAGCCUUGGUUAAGAAAACACAAGUGCUGGCAACUGACACGAGACGGCCUCAAACCCGGGGCGGGAGACAAGCGAUGUUCGAAACCUCCCUGGAGACCACCAGGUGGAAAACUGUAGCUCAGCUGUGACCCCGUUCCACCCCCGACCCCCAUCCCACCCAGUCCCAUCCCACCCAGUCCCACCCCAGCCACCCCAUUUCACUCCACCCCACCCACCCCACUCCAUCUCGUGGGGCACUUCGUCACCAGCUUGUUUCCACUGGCUGAUCCAUUUUCACUGGCGCCCACAGUCCCUGCCACUUAGAACCCCAGGGGCACCGCCCCUGUAGUUUUGCGAACCUCUCUCCCUCUCCCGCUUUAACUUGGAACGCUUCCUCGCCUCGGAGUGUCAGGCUCCACUACGGGGUGCCCCGGGGAGGUGGUAAAGAGCUAGGGCCCCGCCAGUCCCGCUUUCCAGGUUGAGCCAUCCCGCUGGAGGAGACGACGCAGCUCCCCGCCCGCCACGGCCGCGGUGCCUCUCUCUGCAAGGCGGGGCUGCUCCCAUCCCCCGGACGCUGCUCCGCCUCCGUGUGACUAGGUCCCUGGACCAAGGCCCAAAAGGGAACGAACCCACCUUUCCCCCUUUCCUUGGGAGAGAGAGACCGUGAGCGAAGCCGGAAGAAUUGACUCUGUGGCUCCUGUACGAGGGCGGUUACCUGGUUUUCACCCCUUGAGGCCCAGACGUCCUAAGACAGGUCUCCGGCUUCUGAGCUGGCCAGCAGCAGCGUCUCACUGUCGGUCUUUCCCUCCACAGGGGGCGACUUAGCUUCUGCAUUCUUGCUUCCUCGGGGGCGACCCAGUCAAGAAUAAAACGUGUUCUACUUCUC